ACAGUUUUUAUUCGUCUUAGGUACUUUUGGUGAAAGUACAGUAACAAAUUUUUAAUUUCGGAAAUUGAAUUUCAUAACUACGUCUGUUGGUGAUCUGCCAUUGCAAUUUUAUACUUUUAUAUAAAUAAAUAAAUAUUUCAUUAAAAAAAAAACAAAAUGAUGCUUGGCAUAGCUAUUCUAUUUCUAAUAACAACGGCGAUCGCUAAACAUCGUCAUAAAACUAAAGACGAUUUAGAUUCCGAAGAAACCUUUUUCGACAACGUAUAUGUAACGAUACACUCGAUUAUGGACAACUUAUUCGAAUCCAUCGGCAUUACGACAAAUUUUUCCAAAGCAUUCAAUACACAAUUACUGCUGACAAUGCAUUAUGAUUUGAGUAACAUAGCAGACAAUAACCUUGACGUCUUCAGUGAAAUAAAGAAUCUUACAAAAGUAGAUAUCAGAAACAAGACUAUAAAAGUAGUACAAUUAGACCCUGCAGUCGAAGAAGUACUAAAUGAAAACAAUUAUGAUGCAUACGGUGCAUUCAAAGAAACUAGUAAACAUAAGAAAAAAACUAAAGAUGAAGAAGAACCUACGAAUCUCACCGAUGUUCUAGACCUUGCCGAUAGUACUGAAUUCACAGAGUUUCUCGGCAGUUUUGUGACAAAGAUCAAGAAUAUUACUCAGCAUAAGAUUAAAAAGUCCUUGAAACAUGCUAGGAUUGCCGUCACAUCGAAGAAAAAUUUGAAGGUUUGGGGAGGACCAACAAUUACUGAAUUAGAUAUGUUGAACACCAGGAGGUUAUUCGGAGGCAUCAAGACGCAAGUGAACAAGUUUCCUUUCAUGGUGAGCAUCCACAUCAUGGGAGAGUUUGCCUGCGCCGGCUCCAUCAUCCACAGGGACUUGGUCAUCACUGCAGCUUCCUGCUUACAGAUAGUCUACCAGAACCAGUAUAUAAAAAAUAACCUCAAGGCCAUCUACGUGAGACUAGGCAGCGAUUACACGACACGUGAUGGUGAAACUAUACCAGCACAGAACCUCUACGUGCACCCAGCAUACGACUCCAAAACCCUGGCUAAUAACGUGGCAAUAAUCAGCUUGGAGAAGCGACACCGGUUCUCAAGGCAGCAGAAGAAAAUCAGGCGUAUCAUGCUUGAUAAAACUCCAGAAAAUAUGGCGAACUUCACUCAGAGAAUUUUAACUCUCGGAUGGGGUCCUGCUGAGAAGGGUGAAGACGUACAGAAGAAUCCUAAUCUUACUAUGGAUUUAUUGAACUUAAUACCUGUUGAAGACUGCGCACGUAAAUAUCCAAUAGAUUUAAUAUCCAGAAAUAGCUUCUGUGUUGGUGUGAGGAAUUCAAGCCGUGGAGCAUGUCACGGAGACGUUGGAGGACCAGGGAUAGUCGGUGCAGUAUUAAUGGGGAUAGUUAGCUUCGGGAAUACAGACUGUGGGGCACCUAAUUCUCUAACAGUUUUCACCAAACUCGGCUACUAUACGAAUUGGAUUGAAAAUAUUCUGAGUAUGCAUAAGAAGACUAGUAGAACCUAUGAACAUUAUAACGAUACGCGAAGAAAAUCAAAUAAUUUAGGAAUCAUCCACUUGAAUAUGACGACAUGGCAAAAGAAAGCGAUACGGAAACAUGCCGAGGACUACCCUGAAGAAGUCAAAGCGCUGAGGGAAAUAUUGGUAGACUUAGUGAAGGGCGACAAUAAUGCUGUAGAUGAGGUAAUCUACGGUGACGUUUACGAUGACGUCACCAAAGAUAUCAAAACAGUUACAGCACCUGAAAAAAUCAAGGCAAUUACUAAAAAACAUAAAAUCCACAAACAUGCAAAAAAGCACCGCACAAAAGUAAGAACUACUGCUACAGUUAAAACUACUACUACAGAUGAAACUACUACUUCAGAUGAAACUACUACUACAGAUGAAACUACUACUACAGAUGAAACUACUACUACAGAGAGAACUACUACUCCAGUUACAACGACAACUGCAGCUACAACUCCUACUCCAUUAACAACGACUACUCCAGUUUCAUCAAUAAUAUCACAAAGCAUUAACUCCUUCUUUAAAAAUUUAAUUCCUGCCGACGCUAUUAAAAUGAUAAUGGAAAGGCCGAACAUUUCAGACCACGUGUCGAUUAAUGAAGCUAAUGACAAUGAUGACAAUGACAAUGACAAUGACACAGACAAUUACGAACAAUCUGCUAUGGUUGGUAACGAUGAUUAUGGGUUAAGUAUUGAAAUGCCUAGUACUCGAAAGAUCCGACCGACCGAUCGAAAGAACCGACCAAAAACACACAAAACUGUUGAAACUAAAAAAAGAAAUAAAAAGAAAGCAACAAGCAAGUUUCCCAAGAAAUCCAUUAUUAGGAACCGAGAAAUAACAAAAGCAACUGAUAUACCUGAAUCAGAAUCUGAACAGGAAGAAGAGGAAGGGGAUACGGGGGAAAUAUUAAAUGUUAACUUCGGCAAUGCUGGUUUACUUCAACUAGAUUUGGAUAAAAUAGCUUCUGAUUUAAAAGAAGCAGAUCAAACAGAAACAGAAUCAGAUCAGAUUAAUCAAAUUGAAUCUGAUGUAGAAUCUGACAAAAUAGAUAUAGAAUCUGACAAAAUAGAUAUAGAAACUGAUAAAAAACAAUCAGGUAGUAGCACGGAAGCAGAAUCAAAUGUAAUUGAGUCAAACAAUGAAUACUCGGAUGAAACGGAGAACAGUUUAGAUAUUGCUGAGACGACAACAUGUACACAUUUUCAAGGCACUCAUAUAGAUUAUGACAUAGGUCAAGGUGCAAACCAAAAUGAUGAUGAAAAUAAGAGGAUUAUCAUGAGAAAUCGGGAUCCGAGUGAAAAGACGACAGGAUCUAAGCUGGACAGCGGUAACUCAUUGGCAACGAGACCUUUCUUCAUGGAAAUGGAUACAGACAGUUCUUCAGAAGUUAAAGAAAGUAAAGAUAAAAGUCCAACACAAAGUACGACAGAGAACAGUAAAAUAGGUCUCGGUAUCAGUGAAAAACCGACAGGAGAUGAAAAGAAAAGCUUUCUAAGUAAUUUUAUCUUAUCGUUAUAAUGUUCAAUGGCGGUGUAAAUUACUUUCUUUGGUCAUGAGUUAAUUACUUCUACAUAUAACACUCUAUUCGUAACUUAUUUCGUUGUGUAUGGUAGUC